GCUACAGAUCACGGAUUUGGCUCGAGGCUAUUCUCCACCGAUAAUAAAGUCUAUUGAUCCUAUUCUGCGCCGAUGAUUAAGUUAAUUAAGCACCGAAUAUGGCCAAUAUAUUUUGGGAUGGUAUUUUCGUAAAUAUUUGAGCAAUUUUUUUUGAAAUGCCAUUUUCCUUGGAUUUUGAAGGAUAAAGAUGGUGGAUUCGGCCUGAGGCUAUUCUUCAACGACGAUUAAGUCCAUCCAGGGCCAAUUUGGGCGGAUUUGUUCCGGGUCCAUUUUUGGCAGACUCCAAAGGGGUACCAUCACAUAUUUCGGGCGAUUUUUCCGAAAUGCAAUUUUCUUUCGAUUUUGGAGGCUACAGAUCACGGUGGGAUGGCAUUUUCGUAAUUAUUUGAGCAAUUGUUUUAUGAAAGGCCAUUUUCCUUGGAUUUUGAAGGAUAAAGAUGGUGGAUUCGGCCAGAGGCUAUUCUUCAUCGACGAUUAAGUACAUCCAAAGACAAUUUGGGCGGAUUUCUUCUGGGUCCAUUUUUGGCAGACUCCAUAGGGGUACCAUCACAGAUUUCGGAAGAUUUUUCCGAAAUGCCAUUUUCAUUCUAUUUUCGAGGCUACAGAUCACGGAUUCGGCUCGAGGAUAUUCUCCACCGAUUAUAAAGUAUAUUGACCCUAUUUUGCGCCGAUGAUUAAGUCAAUUAAGCACCGAAUAUGGCUAAUAUAUUUUGGGAUGGCAUUUUCGUAAUUAUUUGAUUAAUUAUUUUUUUAAGCUUAUUUUCCUUCGAUUUUGAAGGAUAAAGAUGGUGGAUUCGGUCCGAGGCUAUUCUUCAACGACUAUUAAGUCCAUCCACGGCCAAUUUGGGCGGAUUUCUUCCGGGUCCAUUUUUGGCAGACUCCAAAGGGGUACCAUCACAGAUUUCGGGCGAUUUUUCCGAAAUGCCAUUUUCUUUCGAUUUUGGAGGCUACAGAUCACGUAUUUGGCUCGAGGCUAUUUUCCACCGAUAAUAAAGUGUAUUGAUCCUAUUCUGCGCCGAUGAUUAAGUCAAUUAAACACCGAAUUGGGCCAAUAUAUUUUGGGAUUGCAUUUUCAUAAUUAUUUGAGCAAUUUUUUUUUGGAAGGCCAUUUUCCUUGGAUUUUGAAGGAUAAAUAUGGUGGAUUCGGCCAGAGGCUAUUCUUCAACGACGAUUAAGUACAUCCAAAGACAAUUUGGGUGGAUUUCUUCCGGGUCCAUUUGUUGCAGACUCCAAAGGGGUAACAUCACAGAUUUCGGGCGAUUUUUACGAAAGGCCAUCUUCUUUCGAUUUUGGAGGCUACAGAUCACGGAUUCGGCUCUAGGCUAUUCUCCACCGAUAAUAAAGUCUAUUGAUCCAAUCCUGCGCCGAUGAUUAAGUCAAUUAAGCAGCGAAUUGGGCCGAUAUAUUUUGGGAUGGCACUUUAGUAAUUAUUUGAGCAUUUUUUUUUUUGAAAGUCCAUUUUCCUUGGAUUUUGAAGGAUAAAGAUGGUGGAUUCGGCCUGAUGCUAUUCUGCAACGACGAUUAAGUCCAUCCAGGGCCAAUUUCGGCGGAUUUCUUCCGGGUCCAUUUUUGCAGACUCUAAAGGGGUACCAUCACAAAUUACGGGCAAUUUUUCCGAAAUGCAAUUUUCUUCCGAUUUUGGAGGCUACAGAUCACGGAUUCGGCUCGAGGCUAUUCUCCACCGAUAAUAAUGUCUAUUGAUCCUAUUCUGCGCCGAUGAUAAAGUUAAUUAAGCACCGAAUUGGGCCAAUAUAUUUUGGGAUGGCAUUUUCGUAAUUAUUUGAGCAAUUGUAUUUUGAAAGGCCAUUUUCCUUGGAUUUUGAAGGAUAAAUAUGGUGGAUUCGGCCAGAGGCUAUUCUUCAACGACGAUUAAGUACAUCCAAAGACAAUUUGGGCGGAUUUCUUCCGGGUCCAUUUUUGGCAGACUCCAAAGGGGUACCCUCACAGAUUUCGGACGAUUUUUCCGAAAUGCCAUUUUCUUUCUAUUUUCGAGGCUACAGAUCAUUGGUUCGGCUCGAGGAUAUUCUCCACCGAUUAUAAAGUAUAUUGACCCUAUUUUGCGCCGAUGAUUAAGUCAAUUAAGCACCGAAUAUGGCUAAUAUAUUUUGGGAUGGCAUUUUCGUAAUUAAUUGAUUAAUUUUUUUUAAAGGCCAUUUUCCUUGGAUUUUGAAGGAUAAAGAUGGUGGAUUCGGCCUGAGGCUAUUUUUCAACGACGAUUAAGUCCAUCCAGGGCCAAUUUGGGCGGAUUUCUUCUAGGUCCAUUUUUAGCAGAAUCCAAAGGGGUAACAUAACCCAUUUUGGACGAUUUUUCCGAAAUGCCAUUUUCUUUCGAUUUUGGAGGCUACAAAUCACUGAUUCGGCUCGAGUCUAUUCUCCACCGAUAAAAAAGUCUAUUGAUCCUAUUCUGCGCCGAUGAUUAAGUUAAUUAAGCACCGAAUAUGGCCAAUAUAUUUUGGGAUGGCAUUUUCGUAAUUAUUUGUGGAAUUUUUUUUGAAAGGCCAUUUUCCUUGGAUUUUGAAGGAUAAAGAUGGUGGAUUCGGCCAAAGGCUAUUCUUCAACGACAAUUAAGUCCAUCCAGGGCCAAUUUGGGCAGAUUUCUUCCGGGUCCAUUUUUGGCAGACUCCAAAGGGGUACCAUCACUGAUUUCGGGCGAUUUUUCCGAAAUGCUAUUUUCUUUCGAUUUUGGAGGCUACAGAUCACGGAUUUGGCUCGAGGCUAUUCUCCACCGAUAAUAAAGUCUAUUGAUCCUAUUCUGCGCCGAUGAUUAAGUCAUUUAAGGACCGAAUUGGGCCAAUAUAUUUUUGGAUGGCAUUUUCGUAAUUAUUUUGAAAGGCCAUUUUCCUUGGAUUUUGAAGGAUAAUGAUUGUGGAUUUGGCCUGAGGCUAUUCUUCAACGAGGAUUAAGUCCAUCCAGGGCAGAUUUCUUCCGGUUCCAUUUUUGGCAGACUCUAAAGGGGUACCAUCACAGAUUUCGGGCGAUUUUUCCGAAAUGCCAUUUUCUAUCGAUUUUGGAGGCUACAGAUCACGGAUUCGGCUCGAGGCUAUUCUCCACCGAUAAUAAAGUCUAUUGAUCCUAUUCUGCGCCGGUGAUUAAGUCAAUUAAGGACCGAAUUGGGCCAAUAUAUUUUUGGAUGGCAUUUUCGUAAUUAUUUGAGCAAAUAUUUUUUUGAAAGACCAUAUUCCUUUGAUUUUGAAGGAUAAAGUUGGUGGAUUCGGCGUGAGGCUAUUCUUCAACGACGAUUAAGUACAUCUAGGGCCAAUUUGGGCGGAUUUCUUCCGGGUCCAUUUUUGGCAGACUCCAAAGUGCUAACAUCACAGAUUCCGGAUGAUUUUUCCGAAAUGUCAUUUUCUUUCGAUUUUGGAGGCUACAGAUCAUAGAUUCGGCUCGAGGCUAUUCUCCACCAAUAAUAAAGUCUAUUGAUCCUAUUCUGCGCCGAUGAUUAAGUUAAUUAAGCACCGAAUAUGGCCAAUAUAUUUUGGGAUGACAAUUUCGUAAUUAUUUGAGGAAUUUUUUUUUGAAACGCCAUUUUGCUUGGAUUUUGAAGGAUAAAGAUGGUGGAUUCGGCCAGCGCCUAUUCCUCAACGACGAUUAAGUCCAUCCAGGGCCAAUUUGGGCGGAUUUUUUCCGGGUCCAUUUUUGGCAGUCUCCAAAGGGGUACCAUCACUGAUUUCGGGCGAUUUUCCGAAAUGCUAUUUUCUUUCGAUUUUGGUGGCUAUAGAUCACGGAUUUGGCUCGAGGCUAUUCUCCACCGAUAAUAAAGUCUAUUUAUCCUAUUCUGCGCCGGUGAUUAAGUCAAUUUAGCACCGAAUUGGGCCAAUAUAUUUUGGAAGGCAUUUUCGUAAUUAUUUGAGCAAUUUUUUUUGAAAGGCCAUUUUCCUUUGAUUUAGAAGGAUAAAGAUGGUGGAUUCGGCCUGAGGCUAUUCUUCAAUGACGAUUAAGUACAUCCAGGGCCAAUUUGGGCGGAUUUCUUCCGGGUCCAUUUUUGGCAGACUCCAAAGGGGUACCAUCACAGAUUUCGGGUCAUUUUUCCGAAAUGCCAUUUUGUUUCGAUUUUGGUGGCUACAGAUCACAGAUUCGGCUUGAGGCAAUUCUCCACCGAUAAUAAAGUCUAUUGAUCCUAUUCUGCGCCGAUGAUUAAGUUAAUUAAGCACCAAAUAUGGCCAAUAUAUUUUGGGAUGGCAUUUUCGUAAUUAUUUGAGGAAUUUAUUUUUGAAACGCCAUUUUGCUUGGAUUUUGAAGGAUAAAGAUGGUGGAUUCGGCAGAGGCUAUUCUUCAACGACGAUUAAGUCCAUCCAGGGCCAAUUUGGGCGGAUUUCUUUCGUGUCCAUUUUUUGCAGACUCCAAAGGGGGUACCAUCACAGAUUUCGGGCGAUUUUUCUGAAAUGCCAUUUUCUUUCAAUUUUGGAGGCUACAGAUCACGGAUUCGGCUCGAGGCUAUUCUCCACCGAUAAUAAAGUCUAUUGAUCCUAUUCUGCGCCGAUGAUUAAGUCAAUUAAGCACCGAAUUGGGCCAAUAUAUUUUGGGAUGGUGACUCACUCCUACUGUCACUCUAGGAAUUGGCUAAGUGUAACCACUUCCUAAAGUGUAGUAUAGCGGGUUUUGGUUUUAAUGUCAACCCGGGUCCUAGAUUUGAUGACUACUCGGUGAAUACUUGUUAUCUAGCAAUGAAACUGUAUUGGAGGUCUAAAUUAACAAACAAGCAAAGCAACUAAACGGUUGUUUUCAGGUUACGAGAGGUCACCCGGAUAUGGUUUCCCCUAGACCGCAGUUAAGCCGGAUUGCAAUUACCAAGUUCAAUUUCUAUGAUAGUUAUACUGCGGAAGGUUCUUAAGCAGUCUGAAGUCUCGACUAAAGGUGUCCAGACCCUCUCAAUCUGAGUCUCUAGCGGGCGACUAACCUCCACCGGAGUAAACAGAUUGAGGCCCUAACGAACAAAACCUCCACUACCGAAGUAAAUUCGGUUCAAAAUAGUGAGUUGGCUCCUCGACUAAAGUCACCAAUUCCCUACCUUCAAUCAAGGAUGCUCUAUCAACCUAGGCAGAUAUUCUCAUUCUAGGUUAAAGCAGGAACAAGAGGAAUUUGAUCAGGAUUCAGGCCAUUCAAUCAUUCAAACCUCAAUUGAAUAUAAUCAAAUCAUAGAAUCAGUACUUGGGUUCAUACAAUCAAACCUAACAUACAAAUCUAGGGUUUCCCGUACCCAGAUGAAUGGGAGAACUACUCCAUGGAGAAAGAAGCAAAAGCAGAUUCAGACGCGGAAAUCAUACUGUGAAGGAUAGAUUUCUGCUCCUGGACGUUGAUCGGCACUCCUCCAAGCUCAAGCCAAGCUCCAAUGGUGAUGAAGAUCAAGCUAGGGCACUUGGGAACUCUUGUUCAUCGAUUUCUCUCUCUAGGAAUCGCUCUGUCUCUCUAAAACUCGAAUCCCCUCCUCUUUUGGCCGAAAUCUGCCUAAAAGGGCAUCACUGGGCAAAACACGGUCGAGGGCACGACCGUGUUCUGCUCCAGCCCGCCCGUGCCCUUGCCACGUGGUAAAUACACGGCCAGCCUUUGGGGAAAACACGGCCGUGUUUGAUGAUGGACACGGCCGUGUUCUGGAUCAGUCCCGCCCGUGUUUUGAGCUAGUGUUUGUCAGUCUUGGAUCAAGCCUCGGCAGUAAAAACACGGUCCAGGAAUACGGCCGUGUUUUGUUUUAGGCGUGCCCGUGUUUUGGCUCCGGCUCGACCGAAUGACUUCCGAAUGCCUCGAAACUCGUGCUUAGCCUUUCCUUCGACGUCUGGGACCUGACAUAUGACAAAGUAGCACAACCCGGCGUAAAAUAGGCAAAAAAUACACGACUAUGCCCCUCAAACGGAUAAGAACUAAGGGUACAAAUAUGUGCAAUUACAUCGUUAUCAGAUGGCAUUUUCGUAAUUAUUUGAGCAAAAUUUUUUUUUGAAAUGCCGUUUUCCUUGGAUUUUGAAGGAUAAAGAUGGUGGAUUCGGCCCUAGGCUAUUCUUCAACGACGAUUAAGUCCAUCCAGGGCCAAUUUUGGCGGAUUUCUUUCGGGUCCAUUUUUGGCAGACUCCAAAGGGGUACCAUCACCGAUUUCGGACGAUUUUUCCGAAAUGCCAUUUUCUUUCUAUUUUGGUGGCUACAGAUCACUGAUUCGGCUCGAGACUCUUCUCCACCGAUAACAAAGUCUAUUGAUCCUAUUCUGCGCCGAUGAUUAAGUUAAUUAAGCAUCGAAUAUGGCCAAUAUAUUUUUGGAUGGCAUUUUCGUAAUUAUUUGAGCAAUUUUUUUUGAAAGGCCAUUUUCCUUGGAUUUUGAAAAAUAAAGAUGGUGGAUUCGGUCUGAGGCUAUUCUUCAACGACGAUUAAGUCCAUCCAGGGACAAUUUGGGCGGAUUUCUUCCGGGUCCAUUUUUGGCAGACUCCAAAGGGGUACCAUCACAAAUUUCGGGCGAUUUUUCCGAAAUGCCAUUUUCUUUCGAUUUUGGAGGCUACAUAUCACGAAUUCACCUCGAGGCUAUUCUCCACUGACAAUAAAGUCUAUUGAUCCUAUUCUGCGCCGAUGAUAAAGUCAAUUAAGCACCGGAUUGGGCCAAUAUAUUUUGGGAUGGCAUUUUCGUAAAUAUUUGAGCAAUUGAAAGGCCAUUUUCCUUGGAUUUUGAAGGAUAAAGAUGGUGGAUUCGGCUUGAGGUUAUUCUUCAACGACGAUUAAGUCUAUCCAGGCCAAUUUGGGCGGAUUUGUUGCGGGUCCAUUUUUGGCAAACUCCAAAGGGGUACCAUCACAUAUUUCGGGCGAUUUUUCCGAAAUGCAAUUUUCUUUCGAUUUUGGAGGCUACAGAUCACGGAUUCGGCUCGAGGCUAUUCUCCACCGAUAAUAAAAUCUAUUGAUCCUAUUCUGCGCCGAUGAUUAAGUCAACUAAGCACCGAAUUGGGCCAAUAUAUUUUGGGAUGGCAUUUUCGUAAUUAUUUGAGCAUUUUUUUUUGAAAGGUCAUUUUUCUUUGAUUUUGAAGGAUAAAGAUGGUGGAUUCAACCUGAGGCUAUUCUUCAACGACGAUUAAGUCCAUCUAGGGCCAAAAUGUGCGGAUUUCUUCCGGUUCCAUUUUUGGCAAACUCCAAAGGGGUACCAUCACAGAUUUCAGGCGAUUUUUGCGAAAUGCCAUUUUCUUUCGAUUUUGGAGGCUACAGAUCACUGAUUCUGCUCGAGGCUAUUUUCCACCGAUAAUAAAGUCUAUCGAUCCUAUUAUGCGCCGAUGAUAAAGUCAAUUAAGCACCGGAUUGGGCCAAUAAAUUUUGGGAUGUCAUUUUCGUAAAUAUUUGAGCAAUUUUUAUUGAAAGGCCAUUUUCGUUGAAUUUUGAUGGAUAAAGAUGGUGGAUUCGGCCUGAGGCUAUUCUUCAACGACGAUUAAAUCCAUCCAGGGCCAAUUUGGGUGGAUUUGUUCCGGGUCCAUUUUUGGCAGACUCCAAAGGGGUAACAUCACAGAUUUCGGGCGAUUUUUCCGAAAUGCAAUUUUCUUUCGAUUUUGGAGGCUACAGAUCACAGAUUUGACUCAAGGCUAUUCUCCACCAAUAAUAAAGUCUAUUGAUCCUAUUCUGCGCCGAUGAUUAAGUCAAUUAAGCACCGAAUUGGGCCAAUAUAUUUCGGGAUGGCAUUUUUGUAAUUAUUUGAGCAAUUUUAAUUUUUGAAAGGCCAUUUUCCUUGGAUUUUGAAGGAUAAAAAUGGUGGAUUCGGCCUGAGCCUAUUCUUCAACGACGAUUAAGUCCAUCAAGGGACGAUUUGGGCGGAUUUCUUCCGGGUCCAUUUUUGGCAGACUCCAAAGGGGUACCAUCACAAAUUUCGGGCGAUUUUUCCGAAAUGCCUUUUUCUUUCGAUUUUGGAGGCUACAGAUCACGGAUUCGUCUCGAGGCUAUUCUGCACCGAUAAUAAAGUCUAUUGAUCCUAUUCUGCGCCGAUGAUUAAGUUAAUUAAGCACCGAAUUGGGCCAAUAUAUUUUGGGAUGGUAUUUUCGUAAUUAUUGGAGUAAAUUUUUUUUUUGAAAGGCCAUUUUCCUUGGAUUUUGAAGGAUAAAGAUGGUGGAUUCGGUCUGAGGCUAUUCUUCAACAACGAUUAAGUCCCUCCAGGGCCAAUUUCGGCGGAUUUCUUCCGAGUCCAUUUUUGUCAGACUCCAAAAGGGUACCAUCACAGAUUUCGGGCGAUUUUUCCGAAAUGCCAUUUUCUUUCGAUUUUGGAGGUUACAUAUCACGGAUUUGGCUCGAGGCUAUUCUCCACCGAUAAUAAAGUCUAUUGAUCCAAUUCUGCGCCGAUGAUAUAGUCAAUUAAGCACCGGAUUGAGCCAAUAUAUUUUGGGAUGGCUUUUUCGUAAAUAUUUGAGCAAUUUUUUUUGAAAGGCCAUUUUCUUUGGAUUUUGAAGGAUAAAGAUGGUGGAUUCGGCCUGAGGCUAUUAUUUAAAGACGAUUAAGUCCAUCAAGAGCCAAUUUGGGCGGAUUUGUUCGGGUCCAUUUUUGGCAGAAUCCAAAGGGGUACCAUCACAGAUUUCUGGCGAUUUUUCCGAAAUGCAAUUUUCUUUCGAUUUUGGAGGCUACAGAUCACGGAUUUGGCUCGAGGCUAUUCUCCACCGAUAAUAAAGUCUAUUGAUCCUAUUCUGCGCCGAUGAUUAAGUCAAUUAAGCACUGGAUUGUGCCAAUAUAUUUUGGGAUUGCAUUUUCGUAAAUAUUUGAGCUUUUUUUUUAAAGACCAUUUUUCUUGGAUUUUAAAGGAUAAAGAUGGUGGAUUCGGCCUGAGGCUAUUCUUCAACGACGAUUAAGUGCAUCCAGGGCCAAUUUGGGCGGAUUUGUUCCGUGUCUAUUUUGGGCAGACUCCAAAGGGGUACCAUCACAGGUUUCGUACGAUUUUUCCGAAAUGUAAUUUUCUUUUGAUUUUGGAGGCUACAGAUCACGGAUUCGGCUCGAGGCUAUUCUCCACCGAUAAUAAAGUCUAUUGAUCCUAUUCUGCGCCGAUGAUUAAGUCAAUUAAGCACGGAAUUGGGCCAAUAUAUUUUGGGAUCGCAUUUUCGUAAUUAUUUGAGCAAUUUUUUUUUUUGAAAGGCCAUUUUUCUUGGAUUUUUAAGGAUAAAGAUGGUGGAUUCGGCCUGAGCCUAUUCUUCAACGACGAUUAAGUCCAUCCAGGGCCAAUUUGGGCGGAUUUCUUCCGGGUCCAUUUUUGUCAGACUCCAAAGGGGUACCAUCACAGAUUUCGGGCGAUAUUUCCGAAAUGCCAUUUUCUUUCGAUUUUGGAGGCUACAGAUCACGGAUUCGGCUUGAGGCUAUUCUCCACCAAUAGUAAAGUCUAUUGAUCCUAUUCUGCGCCGAUGAUUAAGUCAAUUAAGCACCGAAUUGGGUCAAUAUAUUUUGGGAUGGCAUAUUCGUAAUUAUUUGAGCAAAUUUUUUUUUUGAAAGGCCAUUUUCCUUGGAUUUUGAAGGAUAAAGAUGGCCGAUUCGGCCUGAGGCUAUUCUUCAACGAUGAUUAAGUCCAUCCAGGGCCAAUUUGGGCGGAUUUCUUCCGGGUCCAUUUUCGGCAGACUCCAAAGGGGUAACAUCACAGAUUUCGGGCGAUUUUUCCGAAAUGCCAUUUUCUUUCGAUUUUGGAGGCUACAGAUCACGGAUUCGGCUCGAGGCUAUUCUCCACCAAUAGUAAAGUCUAUUGAUCCUAUUCUGCGCUGAUGAUUAAGUCAAUUAAGCACCGAAUUAGGUCAAUAUAUUUUGGGAUGGUAUUUUCGUAAUUAUUUGAGCAAUUUUUUUUGAAAGGCCAUUUUCCUUGAAUUUUGAAGGAUAAAGAUGGUGGAUUCGGCCUGAGCCUAUUCUUCAACGACGAUUAAGUCUAUCCAGGGCCAAUUUGGGCGGAUUUCUUUCGGGUCCAUUUUUGUCAGACUCCAAAGGGGUACCAUCACAGAUUUCGGGCGAUAUUUCCGAAAUGCCAUUUUCUUUCGAUUUUGGAGGCUACAGAUCACGGAUUUGGCUCGAGGCUAUUCUCCACCGAUAAUAAAGUCUAUUGAUCCUA